CGACCGCCGCACGCCGCCAUGAAGUUCGCGAAGACCAUCGCGGCCCUCUUCGGGGUCCUCCUCGUGCUCGGCGCGGCCGUUCCCGUCGUCCGCGCGGACGACGCCGAGGUUGACGCGCCCGCGGUCAACCACAAGGACAAGGCGUUCAAGGAGGGCGCGGAGCAGCACGAGUUCCAAGCCGAGGUGAGCCGCCUCAUGGACAUAAUCAUCAACUCGCUGUACAGCAACAAGGACAUCUUCCUGCGCGAGCUCAUAAGCAACGGAUCGGACUCGCUCGAUAAGAUUCGCUUCCUCGCGCUCACGGACGAGUCCCUGCUCGGCGUGGGCGACGACGCGAACCUCGAGAUUCGGAUCAAGGUGGAUCACGACAAGAAGAUCCUGACGAUCCGCGACCGCGGCGUCGGCAUGACGAAGAAGGACUUGAAAGAAAACCUCGGCACCAUCGCCAAGUCGGGAACCUCCGCGUUCCUCGAGCAGAUGCAGAAGGGCGGCGACAUGUCGCUCAUCGGGCAGUUCGGCGUCGGCUUCUACUCCGUCUACCUCGUCGCGGACUUUGUGGAGGUGCGAUCCAAGCACAACGACGAGGACACGCAGUGGAUCUGGGAGUCCAAAGCCGACGGCGCGUUCGCCAUCUCCCCAGACGACGGCGAGCCCCUCGGCCGCGGCGUCGAGAUCAACAUCUACCUCAAAGAAGAAGCGCAGGAGUACCUGGACGAGGACAAGCUCAAGGAGCUCGUGGGCAAGUACAGCGAGUUCAUCAACUUCCCCAUCUACCUCUGGCAGUCGAGCGAGGUGGAGGAGGAGGUGCCCGUGGACGAGGUCGUCGAGGGCGAGGAGGACGACGACGAAGACGCGGACGCGUCGGACGACGACGAAGAGGACUCCGCCGCGGCCGACGACGACGACGAAGACGCGUCCGUGGAGGACGACGACGACGACGACGCGGACGAGGACGAGGACGAGGACAAGCCGAAGACGAAGAAGGUGAAGAAGACGGUCUGGGACUGGGAGCUCCUCAACGACUCCAAGGCGAUUUGGCUUCGCAACGCCGCCGACGUGGAAGAGGACGAGUACGCCAAGUUUUUCAAGGCGCUGUCCAAGUCCGAGGACGCGCCGCUGUCGUACACGCACUUCAAAGCCGAGGGCGACGUCGAGUUCAAGUCCAUCCUGUUCAUCCCGGAGAAGGCCCCCGCGGACAUGUUCGACAACUACUACAACAAGGCGUCGGCGCUGAAGCUGUACGUCCGCCGCGUGUUCAUCUCGGACGAGUUCGACGAGCUCCUUCCCAAGUACCUCUCGUUCAUCAAGGGCAUCGUCGACUCGGACACGCUUCCGCUGAACGUGUCGCGCGAGACGCUCCAGCAGCACACGUCCCUGAAGACGAUCAAGAAGAAGCUCGUCCGAAAGGCGCUCGACAUGAUUCGCCGCCUCGCCGAGGAGGGCGAGGACGACGACGACGAAGACGCCGACGCCGACGCGGAAUCCGCCGAGGACGCCGCCGAAAAAGCCGACGACAAGGCCGACGACGAAGACAGCAAGUACGACACCUUCUGGAAGUCGUUCGGGAAAGCCAUCAAGCUCGGCAUCAUCGAGGACGCGUCCAACCGCACGCGUCUCGCGAAGCUCAUGCGCUUCUACACGUCCAAGUCGCCGGAGAAGCUCGUGUCUCUGGAGCAAUACGUCGAGCGCAUGAAGCCCGGGCAAAAGUCCAUCUACUACCUCGCCGGCGAGUCCAGAGAAGCGCUCGAGAAGAGCCCGUUCCUCGAGCGCCUCCUCGCGAAGGACCUCGAGGUGAUCUACUUCACCGACCCGAUCGACGAGUACACGAUGCAGAACCUCACCGAGUUUGACGAGUUCAAGUUCAGCAACGCGUCCAAGGAGGACCUCAAAUUCGGCGACACCGACGACAAGGAGAAGGCGCGCAACAAAAAGCUCAAGGAGCAGUUCAAGGAUUUCACGCGCUGGUGGAAGGACGUCCUCCCCGCGGACGAGGUGGAGUCCGUGAAGAUCUCCAACAGGCUCGUCACGACGCCGUGCUCCGUCGUGACGUCCAAGUACGGCUGGUCCGCCAACAUGGAACGCAUCAUGAAGGCGCAGGCGCUCUCGGACGAAUCACGACUGUCGUACAUGAAGGGCAAGAAGACGCUCGAGAUCAACCCGCGUCACCCGAUCAUCAAGGCGCUGAAAGAGCGCGCCGCGGACGACGCGGACGACGAGGAGACCAAGACGCUCGCGAAGGUGAUGUUCGAGACGGCGAUGCUCGAGUCUGGGUUCACGUUCGAGGAGCCCGCGGGUUUCGCGUCUCGCCUCUUCGACAUGGUUCGGAGCAACAUGGGCGUGUCCAAGGACGACAAGGUGGACGACAUCGACGACGACGUCGAGGACGAGCCGGAGCCGGAGGCGGAGGAUGGUGCGGCGGCGGCCGACGACGUCGAGGAGGACGUCGCGGACGAGCCCGCCGAGGCCAAGGACGAGCUCUGAGCGGCGGCGCGACGGCGGAGAAGGACGCGCGCGAGACGGAAAGACGACGACGACGACGCGUGAUGCGCGCGCGCACCUAUUUUUCUUAACACGAUAUGAUACAGUACG